UGCGGGGUUUGGGUCCUCGAGGCCCACGUUCUCCUGUGCGCGAAGAGGUCUCAGUGCAGCGGUCGGCCUUCCACUGGUUACCGAACCUCCGGUCAAGAUGAGUGAUAAACCGGAUUUGUCCGAAGUGGAGAAGUUUGACAGGUCAAAACUGAAGAAAACUAAUACAGAAGAAAAAAAUACUCUUCCCUCAAAGGAAACUAUCCAGCAGGAGAAAGAAUGUGUUCAAACAUCGUAAAAUGGGGAUCUCCUCCCAAGAGCAAAUUUCACCGUUGCCUGAGUUUCUUGGUUUGGGGCUUGUUUCUUGUAAACCUUUGUGUUGUAGAGAGUUUAGGCAUCUUUCUUUUGGAUGUGUUCUCAGCCACACUCCCUGGCUAAGAGGUCAGGGGUAGCCAGUGUUUUCUUAUAUUCACUUUAAAACUCCAGCUGCCAGAUGCCACCCAUUUUCCCCACCAGUGACCUGUGUGUGUGUUCUUACACCCCCAAGUGAUAAACCACUUGUAACUUUUUACAGUGGAUGUCUUCAUUACUCUGUAAUCUUCACAAUGUGGCAUGCAUUUGCAGCUUCUCAGUUUCCUUUCAUUUCUAAUAUGAGAAUAAAAGAAUAAUUAUCAUG